AUGGCGACGAGCUUCGCGACGACAGGCCGCCUUCAGGUGUUGCGAGAACCAGGUGAUCAGUUUCAAGAUGGUGUCGACAUUGUCCUUAUUCCUGGUAUAGGAACCACCUCGCCAGAAAAUUGGCCGUUUGCCGACCGGGAUUGGCUCACGAGCCUACCUGGUUCUGGUGCUGGGGCUCGCAUUCUCGCAUACGAAUAUGCUUCCCCAUUUGCGGUCACCAAGCCAUCAUGGGAGUCGAUUUUAAUGUUAGGCUAUGAUCUUCUCCAACAUUUACUUGAUGUGCGAUCACAGGUCGACACAAAACCGAUUGUGGUAGUCUGCCACAGUUUAGGUGGUAUUGUAGUCAAGCAAGCUUUGUGUGUCGCUAACAAGCAAUUUCCUCGUUACGGAUCGAUUGUCAAUGCCAUAGCUGGUGUCAUCUUCCUAAGCACUCCGCAUCGCUAUGGAGACAAGGCCACGAGCUUGUCGCGUUUUCGAGAUGUCCUUGAGGCGACGACGGGAAAAAGCCUAAAGAUUCCGAGCGCAAAUAUUGAGCAAGAAGGUGCCAUUCUGCUUGAUUUGGCAGAUCGGUUCGAAGGAAUCUCAUUUCGUACCCCGAUACUGUCAGUAUACGAGCUACGUGAAUCAAAGAAUACUUCAACACCAUUGCGCCCAAAAUAUCAACAGCUGGUCAACCGCGAAGCUUGCUCGACUCAUGCUCCAAUGGAAACAGUGAUUGGGCUCAAUCUCAAUCAUAACGAUACAUGCCUUUUUACCAAGAGCGUUGGAGGCGAAGGCCUAUCUGAACUCAACAAAUUCAUGUAUGAGACUUUGCGUGAUGCUGUUCAGCUCGUUGCAAUCCGACUCGAGGACCAGGAGUAUCAGUACGCAACAAUGAGCUCUUAUUCGCCCACAAUAAGCGAAAUGCCCCUCAAACUUGAGCAAAUGGAACUCACCGAAUGGCCUUCGAACAACGCAACGGAAUGGCCGUCCAAUAGAGCAACCGAAGGAACGUCUCUAUCAGGCUUUGAACUUGUACAUCCUUCAACACCAAAUCCAGAGACACGAAAAACCCUUCAUUUACCGUGUUUCCUUCUCAACACACAUACUUCGAAUGCCGACUUUUGUGGCCGCGAAGAUAUCUUGGAGCGACUUGCCACCGAGCUAUUGCCUUCUAAAAACGCUGUGACAGCAUCAGGAACUGCUCUGCGGCAAUUCGCUCUUUGCGGAUUUGGAGGAAUCGGAAAGACUGAGAUAGCUCGCGAGUUUGCCAGACGACACAGAGAAUCGUUUGAUGCCGUGUUCUGGGUCAUAGCGGAUGAGAUUGCAAAACUUGAUCAACAUUUCCAGCAAAUCUCGUUGGCACUGGGGCUUGAAACUUCGGCUGAGUGUAAAAGUCAAGUGGUAAGCCGAGAGAUUGUGAAAGGAUGGCUCUCCAACCCUCGAAAAAAUUUGUCGGGACUGGACGAGUUUGCUCAGCCCGGUCAAGUGAAAUCAGAAGCGAACUGGCUGCUCAUCUUCGACAACGCAGAUGAUCCCAUGAUCCUAGCUGACUACUGGCCGCAAGGGAGCGGAUCAAUUCUCAUCACUAGCCGUGAUCCAUUGGCAAAAAGCAUGUUUACAAGACGGCCUCAGGGUAUAGAUCUCGGUCCACUAUCAGAGCAAGACAGCAUGUCCCUAUUCAAUCACCUUACUACGGCUGCUGGUGACUCAGAAGGCGACACCGCACGAAAAAUCGCCGAUGCACUUGGCGGAGUGCCAUUGGCCAUUUCUCAGAUGGCAGGCAUCAUCCGUCGCCAGGACCUUACCUUGGAUGAAUUUCUGGAGCUCUAUGCAGAUCACGAAGAGCAUGCUAGCCUUUACGAGACAAAAUUUGACACCAAUUUGAUCACUUAUCGCUACUCUCUGUCUACCGUUUGGGCAUUUGAGAAAUUGAAGCCUCAUGCUCGGCAAUUGUUAGAGCUAAUCUCAUUUCUUGAUCCCGAUGCUAUAGGAGAAGAUUUGCUGAUGGCAGCGUCUAUGGAACUGUUUUCCGACGGCGCACAGUUCAAGAAGAGUAAUUACAUGGAAGCUCGAUCUGAUCUAUUACAGUCGUCUCUCGUCUUUAGGGAUAAGCAAAAGCAGCAGAUAUCAGUUCAUCGCCUAGUACAAGAUGCAGUUUUAACAACAAUGGAUGUCGAAAAGAAGCAAUUCAUGUUUGGUCAAGUUGCUCGAAUCCUUUGGGCUGACUGGCCAUCAGCAAUGCCUAAGCCAUGGCCCGUAUGUGCAUCGAUUUACCCUCAUGUCCUCAAGAUGCACCAACUUUGGUCGACAAUAUCAGAUCUUUCUGAAGCAACUAGCCUGCUUUUCGCAAAACUCCUUGUUGAAGCUGCUUGGUAUCAAAAGGAGCGGGGACGGACACAACAUUUCGACGGCUUCUUCUCUACAGCUAUCCGCAUAUGCGACCCGUCAACACAUCCAGAUCGAGAUGCUCUACUGGCAGAUGUUCAUUUUUGCUUAGGGGCUGUUGCCAUGGAUGCAAGCGAUUUUAAUGCAAGUCGCAUUCAGAAAGAACUCUCCCUCGAAUAUGUAUCCAAAAUUUGCAAGGAAUUGGGAACUCAAGAUGAGAGAUUAUACCUCGCUCUCGCAGAGCUAGGCAUCUCGCGCAUCCAGGAUAAACGAUACGAAGAAGGUGAAGCUGCUCUUAAGGAGGCUCUGCGCAUGCGCAAAGCUCUCGGCAACUACAUUCCUAGGUCGGGCGAGGCCAAUCUAAGCUGGGCUCUUCUCGCGCAGGGUAAACUAGAAGAAUGCGACACGCUUCUUCUGGAUAGUUUGGCCGGUAGAGAAAAGGCUUUAGGGAAAGAUGACAGGGAAUCCGUUCGAACUGGACUGAUACUCUAUGCGCUUGGCAACCUUCGCGCCGCUCAAGAUAGGUGGGAGGAAAGUUUCGAAUACCACCAGAGAGCAUGGCGCCAUAUGCUUGCGACAGUAGGGGAACGAGAUUUCUACACAGCAAAUGUCUUCCACAAGUUGGCUGAGCACUACAUUCGCUUAGGUCAGAACGAAGAAGCUAUUGCAAUGAUCAACUGGGCGCUGGAUAUCUGGUCUGUAGAUCCGACAGCGCAUAAGAAUGAGAUUGCCCGCACGACUUUUCUCAAAGGAAAGUUGUUUGAAGCAACAGGAAAGGCACAGAAGGCUUCUAUUGCUCUUAGGGUUUCCUGUCGCUUGAGAAAAGAGAUUACGAAGGAUGAUCGCGAUGCGAAAAGUUUGACGACUAAAGAUUUUGACGAAAUUGUUGCCUUUUGGGCUCGUUAA